AUCCUUUUCAUGUUGGUAAUUAUUGUAUUACCGCUGCUGUGGUCCCCAGCCAGUAUUUAUACUAGACCGGUAUGGUAUAACUAGUGUGCACGUAACUACGGCUUUUUACUGAAAGAACUUAACUCUUAAACCUUUUGGUGUCAGUACCGCCUGAGCGCAACAAGAUGUAAUGGCACAGAAUUGUCCACACUACCCAUUUGGUACCCGAAUACAGUACCUGUACUAAAGUGGUAGCACGCCAAUUACUGGCUAGCGGCGUACCAGAGCAGAAGAUAGUUAUGAUUAGGGGGUAUUCCAAUACAGGGCCAGUAUCCUAAAUAGUCUUGGAUCCGAAGGAAACUUUUCACCCGUCUCAUGUCUUAUGUUACGUAAUAGAUAUCUUGCUGGGUGCCUUUCUGUACCAAUCCUAGUCCUAGAUGAUGGUGUUGGUCAAGGGUAGGCUGAGAUCGAGACCACAGUAUUCUUCACUUGUUUCGCGCAGGCCAGGUUCAGAUCCGCGAAUACACACGAGAGACACCGAUAGCGCACGAGGCCGCGAAGCGCGCGGAACGUACGUAAGUACAGUACGGUUAUUUUUAUGCGCGUCGCGUCGCACUCAGUCGCUUUCGUGCGUCCUCGACUCCUCGUGGCCGUUCUGCCUGCCUGGUUCUGCUUGCCCGGUUCUGCCAGAUCAGAAAUUUCAAACGUUAACGAGAGUCAUUUGAGACUGAGUCAGUAAAGAGGGAAACUCCAUCUUGAGGUGCUUGUGGUUUCAGUUUCAAUUUCAAAUCGUGCCGCCUCUUCAUCAACGUCGAAUCGGUCCAUAUUUGCAAAAAAAGUGCUCCUACAAACUUCAUCUUCCUUAAAUAACAAUUUGUGCAUAUCUUUUUAAAAAAUUUUAGUGUUAAUCCUUUAAUAAUUUAAGGGUAGGAAUUUCGAAAAUUGGAAGCGCGUUUGCAUAAAGUAAAUUGUAAAAAAGCAUUUGGACUAUUUAUAGGCGUGUAGGCCAUCGAUUCUUGGGAGAGAGAUUAUUUUAGCGAUCUUUGUCACCACUGUGAAAAGUGCUUUCUUAAACGUGCUUUAAAAUUGUAGAAGUUGAGGAUUAAUGUCGUUCUCAUGGAUGCGUAUCAGUAGAAUUGAAAGAAGAGGCUAUUAAAGAAUCCUUGCGGAGAAGAAAUUUUUGUAUGAGAACGAGAUUUGAUCCGUUAUUUGAUAGUGGAACGUCUGUAGGUCAAGUUUUCUGACGCAUGAUUCACGUGAGCGAGACAUAAUAUAACACGAGCAUGUGUAUGUGAUACUUAAAAGGGCGAAAUGAGUAGCAGACUCCCUGCACCUCCCUCAAGGACCAGUGCAUCCCGCAGAAGAAUUGCAAAGUUGCACUCAUCGACUCAAAAUGACUCCAAUGGGAAAGUGAAUACUAUCAUUAAUAGGCCGAUUCCCAUCAAAAUUGAGAAGGAAGCGCCUGAUGAUGAGAUGAAGGAGUAUGCAACCACCACCAUGAGCGAGUUUUUAGGAUUCUUCGGUUACGAAAAAGUAGACAGUGGUUGUACGAGGGGACUAAAUUUGGAUCAUUUUGUACCUUCUACAACAGGAAAGCAUCAAAGUCAACGAUUUCUUACCAAACCCUUUGCUGCAAAAACAAUAACCUCUAGUUCGCCAAUGUCGACGAAUCCUUCCGGUUCACCCCAUUCCAGAUCUUCAAGGUCACCUCCCACUAACGUAUCUGCGAUAUCAGCUAAAGAAAAUAGUGGCCCACCCAUGUCAUCUCCACUGUCGCUGAGAACAGGACCAGCCAGUCCUCGUAUGCACGAGAACAGUGAUUCGGCGUCUGAUUCCCCAGAUGGCCCUAAAAUGUGUUCUUGGUGUCAUCGAGCGGAAGGAACCUGGGAACCAGGGGGUGGUUGCGUCCCUUAUGGAAGAGCAAGUAGUUCCGUUCAAUUCUGUAGUGAAUCUUGUUUCGCCGCUGGUAGGCGAGCAGCAUUCAAGAAGGCAAGGACUUGCGAAUGGUGCAAACACGUUCGCCCUUCCAUGAGCUUUAAAGACUUUCAAGAUGGAGAACACCAACUUCAGUUUUGUAGUCAAAAAUGUUUAAACCAGUACAAAAUGAACAUAUUCUGUCGGGAGACACAAGCACACUUAGGUCUGCAUGGUAUCAACAAUACUGUUUCCUCAACAAAUCUUGGAACCGGAAAUCUAAUCACACCAGAGAUGUGGCUUCAAGAUUGUGGAUCACCUUCGAGUCCUUCAGAAGAACUAAUUGUUGACGAUGAUCCAAUCACCAGGUCGUCUUCUAUCCACGAAGACGAUGAAUCGUGUAAUCGUGACGAGGAUAGUAAAAAAGAGAGUGAGAGUAGUGAAACCGAAAGGUGCAUAAAAGACCGGAACUCUGUCCAUCGCAGGACUAUUUCAAACGGAAGUAAGGAUGAAGAUGAAGACACAGACGUGGAGGUCGCUGAGGAAGAGACCACCAGGGCAAUUAUGAAAGUUUCGGAGAAAGAGGACGAAUCUAACAGGCGAAAUGAUCAACUUCUGGAUCACAUGAGACACCGAUUUGCGGUGCAAAACCUUUCCAAGUAUAGAACUUCCAUUUCACCCGCGAUACGGGAUCGAACUAAGGAAUAUGUCAAUUCGACGAUACAUGAUUCCGGAAGUUCUCACGAAUCAGAACUUUUUUCAAGUGAGAUUUUGCAUAUGAAGGACGCACGUGACAUGGUGCCUAACAGAGGACGAAGAAGCAUUCGACACGGGCAUGGAAGACCAAAGAGAAUUCAGAAGUCUCCUUCUUGGUUACCAGAACAGUCAAAUCCCCGAUUGCCAUACACAGCGCAUUCAAUACCGAGAGUAGUCCAUCCUCAGCAUACACCUUUCAAAUAUCCUCCUCAACCAGGAAUGUUUGCUGGAAGAGUUCCUUUUUCAGUAAGACCACAAAUGCCCUCUUUCCCUCCCCAGGCUCUUACAAACUCCCCCUCCUCAUCCAUUUUACCUCCUGUUACUGUUUUAGUUCCUUAUCCCAUACCCAUCCCUAUCCCAAUUCCUAUCCCUAUCCCUAUUCCUAUACACAUGUUUGCUAAAUUCCGAAAGGAGAAUGGAGAAACGAUGACUAAGGCCGAGAAGCCAUCGGAAAGUUCGAUACCAGAAGACUUGUCAAAAAGGAAAACGUCCAGCCCUACGACAAAGAUUCCUGUAGAUGAGCCAGAGAUAAUUCAACCAAUCUCGCCUUCUACUUCCGUUUUGACACCAACAAUUAAUUGUAACAAGGCUGAGGAUAUAAAAGAUAAAUCCGUUUGCCUAACAACAAAGAGUCCGAGACCUUUGAGGAAGAGGAGACGAAUACCUGAAAACUCGGAAGAUGUGGAAAUUCAGUUAAAAAGAAGAAUGCCUGUCUAAGAAAUCUUCCAACGCCUUUAGUAUUCUCUUUAUAUGGUGCUAUGUAUGAUUUAUAUAGUUGUGCUACCGAGAUCGUUUUUAAUGUAUAAUUAUAUUCGUUUCUAAUAUAUUUGCCUAUCCGAACUGAUCGUGAGGUAUUAAUUACUGUACUUGCUCUAGAAGUUUAGAGUAAGCAACUCUGUGAUCAAACUUUUAUCCACAUUGUUUCACGAAUAGUCUCAAAGUAAUAAAAUAUUUUAUGACUUUCGAAUACUGCAAUAUUCAAUCCCAAAA